ACUUUGGUAUGACCUACAUAGAUGUAACACUUUUAGUAUUCCUAACCUCCAUAUUCUCACUUUCUAGCUCUUCUUUUAAGUUUUUAGUGGUUUUGGUAGCCGAUUCCAGUUCUAAAAUAACACAGUUCAUUUCUAAAUUUGAACUUGCACAAACCCGGCUAUCGUUUUUAGGUAAUUCUUUCCUUUCUGUUAUAGUAUUUAUCAUACCACCAAAACCAUAAACACUGUCCAACAUUUUUUCUUCUUUUCCAUCUUCAUAGUUGAUCUAUUUUAAUUCCUCUUCAUCCUGCUGUAGUGAUUUCAGUUGUAUCAGGGCAUUGUCAAGUUGACUUUUCAUUUGAACACAGUUUGCACACGUUAUUACAGUAUUUAUGCCAUGAUUUGAUAAAAGAGCUGGAGCAUACUCGGUACAUGCCAUCACAUCAUCCGCCACUCUACAUAAGCCCAAACUUGGGCAGUAAAGUAACUGCCGUUAUUUUUACCCCAUUUUCUGCCGGUGAAUUAUUGAACGAUAAUGUAUUUUGGAUUAUGGUAGUUUGCCUUUAGAGUUAGAGUUCUAUUAUUGGAAAUUUUUUGUGUUUCAUUAAACACCUUUGUUUCUUUCACAUGUGACCAUAAAAUCUUGUAGUGUGUAGUGCAAGAUUGUCCUUGGUACAAUAUAAUAUUAGUACAGGAAGAGGAAACAGGGAUAUUGCGUACCAGAAUGGAUUUUGUGGCUGGGUGGCAGUUGGACCAAACCCUAGGAGAAGGUGCCUAUGGAGAGGUAAAGUUGCUGAUACACAGAAGUUCAGGAGAGCGCGUGGCCAUGAAAGUGAUCGACUUGGAAAAACAUUCAAGUGCACAAAGCAACAUACGAAAAGAAGUGUGCAUACAUCGGAUGUUAACACAUCCUCACAUUGUGCGCUUUUAUGGCCAUCGUCAUGAAGGAAACUUGGAGUACAUCUUCCUUGAGUUUCUGUUGGGAGGAGAACUCUUUGACCGCAUAGAACCUGAUCAUGGCAUGGCAAACUCAGAAGCUCAGAGAUAUUUUAAUCAGCUACUUUCAGGAGUGGAGUACCUUCAUAGCCGUGGCAUCGUACAUCGUGACCUGAAGCCAGAAAAUAUUCUACUGGAUGAACACGAUAAUCUAAAGAUUUGUGACUUUGGAUUGGCCACUAUAUUCAGGGGGAAAGGAAUGGAACGGACUUUGACAAAUCGUUGUGGAACAUUCGCAUAUAUGGCCCCAGAGGUCUUGAUGCCACCAUACCAUGGCGAACCAGCCGAUUUGUGGUCGUGUGGUAUCAUUUUGGUCUCCCUGUUAACUGGACGUUUACCAUGGAAAAUUGCAUCUAUGGAAUGUAAUGAAUACGUGGCAUGGAAGGAUGGUAAAGCAGGAGAUCUAGAACCAUUUGUAGAGUUGGAUCGUUUGGCCAUGGACUUGAUACAGAGGAUACUUGUGCACAUCCCAUCUCGCCGUGCAACUUUAAAGGAAAUUAAGGAUCAUCAGUGGUGUAAGACAAGUUUUGACAAAUUAGGAUCACCAAAAAGGGACAUCAAUUCACCAAGAGAUGAGCAGCAUAACAAGCGCUUUUGCUCUGGGAAUGAAGUAUCUUCAGUCUCUCGCCCUGGCGCAGUACAUGGUGGCUGUUCUUUGGAUGACUCGGUGGCCAGACUGAGUAGAUCUCAGCCAGAACCAAGGUUAGAGCAGCACAGUGUACCAGUUGAGAGUGUUGCUGCAGCUAUGCAGAAAGAAAAGGGGACGUUGUCAUUUUCACAGCCAGCACACCUUGAUGAUAUGGUGCUGAAUUCACAGCUCCAUGCUACGCAGCCAUCUACACAGACUUCCAGUCAGAAUACUUUCCAAAACCUGGUGCGACGCAUGACACGCUUCUAUGUGUGUACAAACUACGAGGAAACAAUUGAAAAAAUAUGCAAAUUAUUUGAUAAAUUGAAUUAUACCUGGAAAAUUGCAGCCAAAGUGUUAACAAUUACAACCACAGAUAAACGUGACAUGAAACUGGUUUUCAAGGCCGCUGUUCUUGAUAUGGAUGGUGACACAUUGGUCGAUUUUCGACUCUCGAAAGGAUGUGGCUUAGAAUUUAAACGGACCUUUCAGCGCAUUAAGGAAAGUUUGGACGACAUAGCUUUGAAAAGGACGGUAACUUGGCCUAAAGCUCCUAAAUUGGAUUCCUAAACUGUAUCUUUUUAUCUCAUGUUCAUAAAAAUGAACAUUAUUGUUAGAGGUUAUAUAACAUUAAUAUAUCAAAUUGUUAUUUAAUAGAUUGUAGCCGCCCGCUGACAUGGAGCUGCCACGACUAUUGCUCGAGAUGAAUUCUUUAUCUCAUGUAUACGGGUGUUUCGGAUAUGGGAGUGGAACACACUUCGGGGUUCAUGAAUCCAGGGUCUCCAGAACACACUGUGUAUUGCAGUCUUAAUUUAAAAUUCCAUACGGUAAUCAAUCUUUAUAUUAUUCCUUCAAGCUAGCCGCUGUGUCACACUUAACCUUUUUACACCAAUUUGCCCCCAGCUUGCUGACCAUACACGCCACUCGCUGGCUACCCUCCUGUAACUCCCUUUACAAGUCCACCAGUUGUCAUAAAAACAAGAAAAUGAAAAGAGAAAGCCAAGGGUCGAGCCCAGCAUCAGUCCUACAUUUGUAUUUUUUUGAGAGGCCCAUCAUAAACUUUUUAGGUCUUCAGGGCACACGAGCAGGGAACCCCAAGACCCCUCCUGGCCGGUCAUGCACAACGUCAGUUCAUGGGUUUAUGACACUAGGAGCAAACUGGCGGCGUUAGGGACAAUAGUGACACCCUUAGCCUAAGGAGGACAAUGUUGAAUUACAGCUAGACGGUCCCAGGAUGGUAUCUUGCCAGAGGAGGGUCUCUCAGGGUGUGAAACAAUGCCUAAAUUGGUCAUGCCCUUAAUUAAAUAAUUUUAGUGAGGGACGUACAGUUACAAGAUGUAAUUACUUACUUUCAAUAAAAUUUAUUGAAAGAACUUUCUUGUUUUUCUUAUACCUGGAUUUUUUUGAUAUUGAAAGCCUGUUCAUUCUUUAAGGUGGCUCAACUUACUCAUGGAACUGAACCCUUCUGGAAGUGCCACCAAUUCUGC